AUGGCAGCACAGGCUUCGUGUUUAGAUUUAGCUUUGGAAGGAGAGAGGCUUUGCAAAGCUGGAGACUGUCAAACCGGAGUGGCAUACUUCGAAGCGGCAAUACAAGUCGGCACGGAAGAUUUGAAAACAUUGAGCGCCGUGUACAGUCAACUUGGAAACGCUUAUUUCUUCUUGCAAGAGUACGAAAAAGCGCUUGAAUUUCACCGCCACGAUUUGACUCUGACUAGAACUUUGGCGGACCGCGAAGGCGAGGCGAAAGCCAGUGGAAAUUUGGGAAAUACGUUGAAAGUUUUGGGGAAAUUUGACGAAGCCGUUGUUUGUUGUAUGCGACAUUUGGAACUAUCGAAGGAAUCCAGCAAUAAGGUUUGUCGAAAUAUAUUGCGAUUUAGUCGAAAAAUAUUAUUUGUUAUUGGAAUUUCGUUACAAAAUAAUUCACCUCAAUGCUUGUUCAUCGCUACUGGGACUAGACGUCGACACUCGACUAGAAUAUUUUUGCAAGUUGAAAAUAGUAUUGACCGAAUUUUUUUCGCAAAUAUAAAUUUACUUGGAAAUUCUAAUUAA